GUGAUUAUAUGCUCUUUGAUUAUUAGGAACAAUUAUUACUAGUGAGCGGUUGUGUUUUUGCUUAUUUUGUUAAUUUUCUGCUAUUUUCAUGAUGAGCGAUCACCAAGGGGAACAGAACAAGAAGUCAGUUCCAGGAUUUUGUUCAGCGACGUGCGUGGACAAAGAGAGCCUUAAGAGAGAGAUCCAGAAACCUGAGCCUAAAACAUCGGACUUAUUUGUUACUUGCAACUUACCAAAAAGAUUCGAACAUCCACACUGGUUCAAUGGCUACGGUAGUCAAGUGAGUAAGCAGCACCCGUUCUAUCGGACGACCGCCAGCGAAUACGGAUGGUAUGCCCCAGGCAUCCACUCGGUACCGUCAGUGUUCCACCCCAAGGGCCAGACCUUCACGAACCAUCUCGCUGCGGCCGGCAUGUACCGCAACUACAGCCUGAACACCGGCAUGGACCCUCCAAGCUACACUUAACUUUUAAUAUUUAUUAUACUUAGGUUAAUUCGCCAGUAACUGGCCACUUUUAGUAACUGGCCGCCCUAAACUAAAAAUGAAUUCUAUUCACCUAUAAACAUAAUUAAUUUUAGCGUAAGGUUUCAAUAACUGGCCAGCUUCCAAUAACUGGCCGCCUUAUACUAAAAUGAAUUCUAUACAGGGUGACCUUAGCCAUUAGACAAACCCUGAAAUCCCACGUAGGGUUACUUCUCAGAAAUGCUCUAACGGUAAUAUUUUUUUAAUUAGAACAAAAGAUAAAAAAAUAAAUUAUCAAACAAAAGUUAUUUCCAAUAAUCGACAGCAAAAAGAAACAUUCUGUAUUAGUCAUUGGCAGUGUUUUUGACAAUUUGUUUGAAAAUGUGCGGCAAUGAUGACAUUUGUCAAAAGUCAGAAUCUUAUUAAUGUCAUAAAGAAAAAAGAUAAUCAAAAUGGUUGAAGAAGGUUUCAUACCUACUAUUUAUUACCUCAGGAGCUACUCUAACACAAUGUACAUUUCGGCUUCGUCCAAUGGCUAGGGGCACCCUGUAUAUAGGUGAAUAGAAUUAAUUUUUGGUUUGGGGUGGCCAGUUAAUGGCGAAUUACCCUACUUCUUUAUGUUUUGUAUUUUGUGUUAGCAGAGGGAAAAGAAUUUGUCUUUUAAGCCGGUUCUGAGACAAAAUUGAAAGCAGUGUCUCUGGUCUAUAAAGUUGCAUUUUUUAAAACAAUUUAUGACUUCCAGGACCAUAAAAAUAAAGAGAAAUCGGUUGGAUUUUAUCAUUCUUUGUGUUCGUUUCCCUAAAAAUGUUGGUCCUCGCAUCUACUUUAGAAUAAUAUUGUAACUGCUUUAUGUCGAUUUCUCUUUUUAUAAGGAAAAUUAUUUUAAUAAAAUGAUGUUUAUACCUUGAAUAACAUAAAUAUUGGAAAUAA